AUGGUCGACGGCCAGGGCCGGUUGGCCGCCUUCGUAUGCCUGGCCCUUUUCUGGGUUCCUGCUCAAUGCUACGGCAGCUGCCUCCAUUUGCGUUCCUCGUGCCUUCGCUCCGCCGACUGCCGCCCAUUUCUCGACAAAUUCGAGCGCUCUUGCGGAUAUAAUGUUGACCGCUGUACCGGCUCGUCGCCGUCAGACUGCGUGCAUACGCUGCGGCAACUCCGGGCACACUUCAACCACAAGACCUGCAUCUGCUACGAAGCGCUGGGCAGCCAAGCACAAUGCGAAUGGUUCCGACAAGCAAUGUACAGCAACCCGUGCGAGAAGCGGCUGGUGGAUGUCGGUGAAGAGCGGCGUAUCACCAACCCGGAAGAAUAUUUCCACUACGAAGUUGAUGCACAUACGGUAUCCAUCAUUGACGGAGUGACGCAGCCAUCGACCCCCAAGCGCACCACGCGGUCCCCAAUCCAGGAUCGGAUUCGGGAAUGGAAGCAGCAGCUCAGUGGAGAUCUCGAGACGAAAGCUGUCAUCCGGAAAUUGACGUGCAAUGAGGCAUUGCGAGAGGUAUGCCUACGGCACGUCUCCUGCAAACAGCUCUGGCGUCUUUUUCGCGAAAACUGCGAUGUUGACGGGGAAAAUAACUGUCGUAUGCAGCAUCGGGAAACCUGCUGGCAAUCGUUCGAGGGAUUGACGUGGACCGGACUCGGCUCGUGCCACUGUGACGGCAACCAUUCUGACUGCCAUUGGAUCCGGCUGCAUACAAACUACAAUAAGUGCAUAUACGAAAUCUCACAAAGCGGCGAAUUUCCCGCGUUCUCCGGGGUCGAGGGGAGGGCAAAAGCUGCCGGGGGGCCGCCGAUUAGCCCUCCAGCCCCUGUGCCUCCGCCAUCUGGGCCAACAAUCACCGGAAGUGACGAGGAUUCGAUUCAGAUCGACGUCUCAGAUGAAUUGGGAGCAGUUCCGACUACACCAAGGGCAAAGCAAAUCCCAACCACGUUGGCGCAGCCGGUUAUCAAGCCGGUGAGACCGUCGUCAUGGGCCCAUCCCCAGCCGACAGUCAAGGAGGCUGGGCAGCAAAAUGGAAAUCGUGGCCAGGCCGAGGAUGAGCGGAUACGGUACCGGUCCCAAGAUGUAUCACGGAAUCCCUCAACGUCACAGGGCCGAAUUACGACACCGGAGUUCCGAGCCCGCGUGCAAGCCUACCAAACUGUGGCCGUGCAGCAGCCAACCCGCCCUCCUCCAACUUCACCGCCUUUUGAUGGGCCCACCCGAGCACACGUCGAGUUCCAGGCCCUUCUUGGGCGCCCGCCCCGGUCAUCGUGCCAAGAUGCGAAGCGCCUCUGUAUCGCCGACGGGGAGUGCAAGUGGCACCUGGCGGAGCUGAACGUGCGCUGCGCCGCGAGGGGAUGCCAGCGCUCGGCUUGUUCGGACGCGCUGCACCGUUUCACCUACUACGUGCCGCGGGCCCUGGCCGAGCCGUUGAUGUUCUGCCACUGUGCAGCCCACGAUGAGGAAUGCCUCGAACAACAGUCACUCUUCUACCCGAAAUGCCUCUAUUCAUCAUCAGCCGGGAGUCAGAUGCGAACGUGUAAGGAAGUAGUCGAUGAAUGUAGAACGGAUCCCCGUUGCAACCAACUGCGCUACUCGGUCGAUAGCGUGUGCCCCGUUUCGAAGGGCUCGUGUGCCACCGACCAAUUGGAUCAUUGCAGACAAACACUACUCCGAUCUCGCGGUUCCCUCCUUGAAUCGCCAUGCUUUUGCCCGAUAUCGGAUAUGGAAUGUUUGAGCUUGCAGAACACCAUGAUUCCGAAUAAUCCUUGUAUCGAAAAGGCAAUGCUCGACUACUCGCGCAUCAUGGGCUACAUGAAGCCGCAGCGGGCCCACGUCGACACAAAUCGCGUGCAGGCGACGGAUCAGGACCAAAAGGUUGAGUACACGGAAAGGCCGCGCGAACCCGAACCCCGAAGAAGACCGGAAACCACGGCCGCUCCGAAAAGAACGAGGCCUACUACCACAACAACCACCACAACCACUGUGAAGCCGACGAUGCAUGUUCCGAAAAAGCAGAAAGUCGAGGAACGGAAGCCAAAAACGACUCCCACCUCCGAGGCUGAUGAUGAUGUCCUGGUGACGAGGCCCGAUCCGCAACUCGAAUAUACCAGAAUCGGCUGGGUUUUCGGCCAGGAUGAGGCCGAACGUCGUCAAAACAUGGAGGCACAAGAAGACCGAUCCUCCGAAACGACCCGAGAGCAGCAGCUCGAGCGCCAGAAGCAACGAACCCAAGAACUCCUGCAUGCGAUGCGGGAGAAGGAGGAGCGAGCAAAGGCUGAGCGACACCGGUCCAAAGCUCAUCCAACGGAGCCGGAGCCCACAGUUGAUAGCUCAAGCGAAGGUGCUGAAGCCGUCAAGGACGCAGAGCGCCUCCAAAAGACAAUCCCCCGCCAAAAAGCCCAGAGGACAACCACCGCUGCCCCCCGGCCCGGAUUGACGAGCUCUGAACGGCCACCUUGGGUCUCCACUACGCCUACAACCGAGCCCAAAACUACGGAAUAUGUAACGAUAGCGCCUCCAGCGACGCAGGAUAACUGUUCGAUCAAGCACGCCAACGGCAAAGACCUUUUCGUGCAUGUCGGGGCCAUCGUUCGAAAAUAUACGGAUUGGGCGGGCCGAUGUUCCACUUGGUGCGAAUGUACGGAUGUCGACCAGUUGAAUUGUGAGAAGCUGGACUGCCAUGAGGACUCAAAAUGCCCGGCUCCGCUCACAAAAAUGGAAUUCGGCGACCGCCUCUACCUGCAAGGGCGCGGAGCCUGCAUGUGCGAGAAUGCUGUCUUUGUCUGCGACACGCCCGAAGAGCCGCCAGAAGUCCGACCGGGCCUCUACAUCUUUGCCGGCUACUCCCUGGCGGACCUCGAGCUGCUGCGCAAGAACAUUGAGCACGAUGUACUCGAACGAGCCGGAAUGCUAUCCUCCGACUUCGGCAAGGACAUUGCCGCCCAACUGCAGUGGGCCCUUGAGCGCCAGCUGCCGGAGACGCUCAAAUGCCGGAUCGUGAUGCAAGAGGGGCUGGUGGAGGAGGGGAAUGUCAUCUACCAAAUCGAGCUGCUCAGCGACAACAUGUUCCUGAACGACACGAAGGUCAUGUGGCGAUCAGAUGGCGUGGAGAAGGCAUGUUCCUCCUACGUCCGUCGGCUUGUCGACAGCUUCGCCCUCGACGAAAGCCCUCGUUUCCAGUUAAUUCUGUCCACUGUCAAACAGUUGCGUUUCGUCGACACGCUUGACGCAUUGCCCGUGAUUUCCGCGUCAACCCCCCGCCUCCCUCUAUCCCUACUCCCAAUUAUUCUCCUGCUCAACACAUUGCGGUUUUUGAGGUGG